AUGGGGAGAAAAUUACCAUGGAAGACUUCCUCAACUCCUUCGGGCCCUGAAAGGAAAACUUCAGUGAAGUCGGAGAGUCCACUACCCACACCAUCACGAGCGCUCCAUCCAGGUACACCCUCAGCAUUCCGUAAGAAACCGCGUCGCGAGCGCGUGAUAGAGGCAGAAGGUAUUCCAGACUCAACACUUUCAUCAAAACCGCAAAGAAACCGACAAUAUCAUACAGAUACCACACGCAGUCCUUCAACCUCGCCUCCGCCAGAGCCACCUAAAGAAAGGUCCAUCUCACUCCCAAACUCACACUCAUACCAAACACUGACCAGACUCAGAUUCAUGAGACCAGGCCUCGACCACGAUGACCGAUAUCGUAUAGUGGAAGACGAAUUCGUUAACAUGGCUCACCAAUUCACACUUCACAUUCAUGCUUCUGAAUACAAUCGUUUGAAGAAUUUGGCUAAACACCAAAACGCAGACACAAUCCGUGAGAUUGAAAGGCCUGUAGUCGGCGCGCCAACCCUCCUUACACGACAUCGUCAGGAGGACGUACGCCGCAAUGCCAAACAGCGCAAGCUCUUAGGUAAUGACGCAAAUGAGAAGAAGGACUCCCCUUACGUAGGGUCAAGUCUGCGAGGUCUCAUGGAGAGUCCCAGAAAGGAGCACAAGUGGAUAUCAACAGGUCUAGCUGAUACCGCAGCAACGAGAGCUUCGGCGGGUUUCAAUUCACAGAAGAUUAGCCCGCUACGGUUAAAGCAAGGAUCCAAUUCAUCUUCAGCAAAGAGGAGGCAGAUCUCUUUGGGCGAUGACGAUGAGACCGAUGAUGGAGAUGACUUGGAUCCAACUACGCCCUCACGCACCGCAGCUACAAAGGCAGCACGCACGACGCAUACACCCAGUCCAGCCAUGCCACGAUCAACUCCACGAACAGCAUUUAGUACUCCUCGCACACUGAAAUCAGCUAUGAACACAACUUCAAGGUCGGGCUCUAGCGUUAAGCGACCAACAACAGCACCUGGAGGAAGCGAAGCACGUAAGAUAACCAAAAGCCGCGAUGCUCAAGAACACAUCGAUGAUGACGAUCCUUUUGGGAUCAACAAACGAAGAAUUCAGCGCCAAAAGUCAAGGGAACAGUUCCGCAAAACGGAAGAGAAAACACCCUCUAAAUCCUCACUCGACGAUAUUCCUUCAUUCAUCUGA